GAUACACCGGAAACAAGCACAGCUCAUAUGUUUCACAAUCCCAAAACUCAGCCAGCCAUCUUUUGUGAAAAAUCAUUUUUUUCGUGUCGUCAGGGUAAAUUUCAUAAUUGUAAUUAAUGUCAGAGCCACAGUCUUCGCUGUUGUUAAAAAAGCAACUUGCAGAACUAAACAAAAAUCCAGUGGAAGGAUUUUCUGCUGGUUUGAUAGAUGACAAUGACAUAUAUAGAUGGGAAGUCCUCAUUAUUGGCCCACCAGACACAUUGUAUGAGGGUGGAUUCUUCAAAGCACACUUAUAUUUUCCUAAAGAAUACCCUUUGAGACCCCCGCGAAUGAAAUUUGUAACUGAAAUUUGGCAUCCAAAUAUUGAAAAGAAUGGUGACGUCUGCAUUUCAAUAUUGCAUGAGCCUGGAGAUGAUAAAUGGGGCUAUGAAAAAGCGUCAGAGCGGUGGCUUCCAGUACACACUGUUGAAACAAUCUUAAUUAGUGUUAUUUCAAUGUUGGCUGACCCUAAUGAUGAAAGUCCUGCUAAUGUAGAUGCAGCGAAAGAAUGGAGAGAAAGAUAUUCGGAUUUCAAAAAGAAAGUCGCCAGAUGUGUUAGGAAAAGUCAAGAAGAUUGCUUUUAGGAGAAAACAAGAUAACGAGUGCAGAAAAAGGGACACAUGACAACAAUUUAAUGAAUCAGCAUAAUAUCACUAGGUCACACACUCCAAAUGGCACACCCAUAAACUAAAGUAGGUUGUUGAUGUGUGCUUAUUGUAAUUGUUUUUUACAGAAAGAAUGGCGAGAGUCAUAUUUGGAGUUUAAAAGAAAAGUAGCACAAUGUGUGAGAAAAAGUCAAGAGGAUUGUUCCUAAAUAGUGCCCUUUUUCAUUGAUUAGUUUGGAUAGUGAGUGAUUUGUGAUGCAUACAAGCAUUGUUGUGACUCAUGGUUAUACAAUUUAAAAUGCCCUCCCAACUGGGCCAGAGACAAUAUUGAAUUUAAAUGAAAUACUUAUUAUAAUAAAAAGGUAUCGCUGCCGUAUUCUAAAGAUUAAAUUUAAAGUAGAAAUCAAGAUCUUUUUCAUCUUUUUUAAGACAGUAUAGGUAGCUAUGUUAUAUGAAUAAAACGUGUACCAUAACUUUUUUAUAGAAAGCAAUUAAAACAAAUAUUUUAUUCAAAAGGCACUCGUAAAAUUCAAGUGAGAUCUCUUUUUAGGUGAAACCAAAAGAUAAAAAUGUAAUUGCUGUCUAAAACUAUUUUUACACAUAUUGUCUGUAAAUUUGAGUUACCUAAAGUGACCAGUUGUCAUUACUGAUUAAACAAUUAAUGAUUGAGUUUAGUUUAUUUCUUAGAAUUAAUUUUUAGUGAAUUGUUGCUAUUUUGAUUUUUGUAAAACGUUAUUUGCACCUUGCCCCAAUAAUAUAUUGCACAUGUUCAUAGAACAAGGGAAUUCAUCUAGUUUAUCAAAAAUCUAAUAGAUGCUUUAAAAGAUUAAAUUAAGAAUGUACUACACUUAUAACAAUUGCUUCUCUAAAUUAAGGACAGAGUUAAUGCAAGAAAUGUAACAAUUUUUAAAUUGGGCUUUAUAAGAAUAAUGUUUAAUAUAUCACCAUUUUUAGGGUUAAAUAAUUAUUUUGUAUUUAAUUUUCUGUGGUAAAUGUUUAAUAUACAUAAUAUCUUAAAUAGAAAUGGUUCCUGUGACAAUGAUCAAAAUAUAGCAAUACAUAAAAAAUAAAUUUUGUUAUGUAAUUAAACUGCAUGACAACACCCUUAAAAUAUUGAUUUGUAAGGUGUGUACAUUUGCUCUGUAUGUAUAUUUUUUAAUAUAAAAUCAUAAUGCAGUGUAA